UGACACGGAGGGGGGCGAUUAGCAAUCCACCUGAAAAAAUAGUGCACCUCUCUCUCUCUCUCUCUCCAGAAUAAUACUCUCUCCAAGAUCCUUUUUCGAACUACUGGUUAUUACGUUCGCCCGCGCUCUAGGGUUUCGCGAGCUCGUCCAAGAUCUUUUCGAUUUCUCUCGCUCUGGAUAAAAGAUCGCUUCGAUUCCGUCUUUAUGUUGGUCUCUAGGGUUCCAAUGGCGUGAAAUCUUGAGUUGAAAUAGUGGUAUUUUUCCCCCCCGGAGGAUCUAGAAAGAUAAGAAAGCGAAUGGGGUCUCUCGAGGAGCAGCUGGUGGCAGCUGGGAAUAGUCUCCUUCAACCUCCGUGUUCGGUCGACGAACUCCUACUUCUUCUUGACCAAGUUGAGAAUCGUCUCACGAGGGUGGAGCAGUCACCAUCCAAAUCAAUGCAAACGGCACUUGCUCCAUGUAAAAAGGCAUUGGUCGCAAAUGAACUUUUAAGGCAUCCCGAUGCAGAUGUCAAAGUUGCAGUUGCGUCCUGCAUCAGUGAGAUAACAAGAAUUACUGCACCAGAUGCUCCGUAUGAAGAUGAUCAGAUGAAGGAUGUCUUCCAGUUAAUUGUAUCAUCCUUCGAAAAUUUAUCUGAUAAGUCCAGUAGAUCAUAUCAUAAGAGGACCUUGAUUCUUGAAACUGUAGCCAACGUCAGGUCAUGCGUGGUCAUGUUGGAUCUGGAAUGUGAUGGGCUGAUUAUUGAGAUGUUCCAGCACUUUCUGAAAGCUAUUAGGGAUUACCACCCAGAGAUUGUCUUUUCCUCCAUGGAGACAAUUAUGACUCUUGUACUGGAAGAGAGCGAAGACAUUUCAUUCGAGCUAAUCUCGCCCAUUCUUGCUAGUGUGAAAAAGGACAAUCAGGAAGUUUUGCCUAUCGCUCGGAAAUUGGGCAAGAGAGUAUUUGAAAAAUGCUCGAUGAAGCUAAAACCUUGUCUGGUACAAGCUAAGAAAUGCUUGGGCUUUUCUUUAGAUGAUUACAGUAAAAUAAUAUCUUCUAUAUGCGAUGGAACAGCUGCUGCAGUUGGACGUCGUGAUGACAAUGCUUGUGGAGAACAGAUGGCUGAGGAGAGCAAGUUGUGUACGGCAUCUCCAGAGGGGGCACCUCAGUUGUGGCAGGCUGAUGAGAAGAAGUUAGCUGAGGCAUCUUCCAAUGACGCAGCCCAGGAUCAGGUAAACGAAGAAAGCGUGACAGAGACUCGUCCUGAAGAUUGUUGUGAAGACAGUUCUCCUAAGUCAGUUAUGAGUAAUGGCCUUGCAGAGCCAGGGAAUGAAGACAGAUUGGCAGACCCAGAAUCUUCAAAGAGGCCAGAGCAUGCCCAACAAGCUGACCACUCAAUUGAUGCUCAGCCUGAUUAUUCGGAUAGUGGCAAGAUAUUAAAAUCACAGUCUAAGGUAAAAAUAACAUCCAAGAAAAGGAGAAGGAAGCUGAACUCUUCAGUCAAAUCAUCAGAACCUUCUGAUCGAGUUGAUAGUGAUAAAGAUGCUGAAAGGACAGAGGACCGGCCUCCUGACGAACCCUCUGUUGGGGUGGCCGUGCCUUCUGAAAAUGAAAAAGAGAACAUUCAGCUUUCUUCACCAAAGGCAUUGGCGGGUGAGGCUGUGAAUGUUGCUUCCCCACUUCCAAGUGGGGGUAUUUCUGAUGGGGGUCGUCCCAAAAAGGCUGGACGAGGGAAGAAGAAAGAGAACUUUAUUCAAGAAGUUUCACUAUCCACCGAUGUUUCUAAGAAGUCAUCUGAAGUGGCAAUUGACACAGAAGUAAAGCCACAUAAACGCUCUAGGAAAAAGGCUCGUGUUGGGGGUACUUCUGGGGAGAAGACUCCUACUCUUGCGGAAACAUUCACGAGUGAAGAUGGAACUGCAAGUGAUUCAGAGGCAAAACCAUUGAAACAGUUGGGUAGGAAGGUGGUAAGAGAUAGUAUAGGGGAUGGACUCUCAUCAAAGAAGGAAGAUGGGAAAAGACAUGGACGUGAUAAAGCCACUUCUGAGAAGGAUGUAACAAAGGCUGCCACUAAAGAUGGUGCCAAAGAAGUGGUUUCUUCACCAAAGACCGCCUCAAAAUUAGCUAAAGGUGAAGGGCUCCCCAAGGCGCUCUCCAAGAGAAAGCGUACUGCAGGGAAAGGGAGAUCAUUGGAUGCCAUGGAGUACGGUGCCAACCUGGUGGGUGCAAAGGUUAAGGUUUGGUGGCCAGAUGAUGAGAUGUUUUAUGAAGGUGUUAUUACUUCUUUUUAUUCUGAUGAAAAGAAACAUACGGUCUCAUAUACAGAUAAUGAUGUAGAAGUACUAAAUCUUAGAGACGAAAAAUGGGAGUUUAGAAGUGACUUAAUGCCAGAUGGGGAGCAAGCAACCGAAUGCCACAGUCCUUCCCCUGAAAUGUAAGUAAAGAAGAAAGCAAAAACAAACUCCAAAUCGGAAGCUAAGCAAGGAAAGAUGGAGGGCUCACGAGGUGGGGAAACUUCCUUGAGCAAAUUGAAAGGAUCAGCUUCAAAAUCUGGUCGUAUAUCGAAGAACGCCCCCUCCAAGUCUGAUGGUAAAGCAGAGGAUGAUAACGGCGGUAAAAAAUCCAAGGAUCCUCUGCAAAAAAGUAAAAUUAGUGUUGCCUCUAGUACACCUGGCAAAUCCAAAGAUGUUGAUGGGGGCACACCAAGGACCAGUGCCAAGUCCAAGCAAGAGACCCCUAAGACAGCCGCCAAAAACAGUCCCAGAACUUCCACCAAGUCUAAGGGUAAAGGCUCCAAAAGUGGGGGCACGUCUAAUGCUAAUGGUUACGGAAAGGCAAAAUCUGCUUCUGGAAAGGGGAAAGAAAGCAAGAGAAAUGAAAAGUCUCCUGAGAUUGUGAAGACGCCAGAAGAAGAUGCGAAGAAGAGUGGAAAGAAGCGGCAAAGAGGGGCUAAAGGCUGAAAGUUCGCACUUUUAAGCUUUUUCUUCAGAUUUUGAAACGGUUGGUUUGUGUCUCCUUUUUUAUCUUUUGCAUGCCUCCGUGGAACCUUCAGUUGCGGUUUUUUGGAUGGCUACAUUUUGGGUAUGUUGGUUUUCCUUUCACACAUGAUUCUGAUAUCAAUGGGAGACUGGGUAGUGGUGGUGGUAAUUGUCUUGGUUUGUUUCGGUUGGGGUAGGAAUAGGGUUAAAUUAGUUUUAACUUGUAUUUGUCACUUAUUAGAGGGAAUUCUUGCUAUUUUUUAAGGUCUGCAGCGGAAAGGCUUUCUGGUUAGUUUUUGGUUAGUCUGUAAUGUGCUAGAUGGACCCAAAUGCUAUUGAAAUGACUGCUGUUCUUACUUUCCAGCCUCCUAAAGUAUGGCUUUCAUUUUCUCCAAAUUUUCACGUGUAUGGUGUCGUGACUCGCGAAUAGUAACCUCCCUGUGUGAUUGUAUGUUUUUCAUUACUCAAUAAACUUUCAUAGAUCCUAGGUUUUAGGUUUUGGAAAGUGGUUUGUAUAAAGCUUGUCAUGAACUUUCUUGAAAUGAUUUAAUGAUAAGCUUUGGCUAGCGUAUUUUGCGAUGGGAAUUCGCUGCCCAUUUCAUUUUUCUUAAUGCAUGUUAAUUCCCAGGGAAAAUGAGCCCCAUUGGAACGUGGGAGCACAUAUUUGGGUAAAUUAGCUGAAAUCCACAAACUGAUACCUAGUACAACUACCUACGUAAUUUGCUUUUGAGUUAGGAGUCCCUUAGUUCUUUAAUUUGAGUCAAUAGUAAAGAAACGGCCUGACUGGGAGUGGGUUUUGCUUUCAGGCUGGAAGCGGUACCUUGUUGAUCCUAGGGUUCGGGUAGAACAAAAGCUCUCUUUGCUAUGGCUUUUAAACAAAGCUAUAAAGCAAAGCACGGUUCUGGAAAGAAGCACUAAGCUAUAGAAGCAAAGGCAAGGGAACAAACCGUUAAAAGAGGCUGAGGCUGAGGCUGUUCCAGGUCUAGAAGAAAAUGAAGAACUGUUUGUACUAUUAAAAGAUGUAAGAAAUAUUGGUGUGUUCUGUUAUUAGGUGAUGUGUAAAGUAGUAGUAGGAAAGUCUACGUAAUAAUAGUUGUGGCAGGUGUGAUGUGUAAUUGGUUUAUAUUGUUCAAGUGUCCUUUAUGGGUGACCAAUUAUAUGUGGUACUGUUGCUCUGAUGUAAUUAGUGAUGCAAGCAGUUGUGUUUGUACUUCCUCCUUACGCCUAUAAAAAGAGGACUCUACCAAUUGUAAUAUCUAAGUCAGUGCAAGUUAGUGUGUGUGUUUCUCAAUAAUACAUCUCUCGUGUUCUCUAU